UCCCAUCGUUCAUGUUUAUGAGCCGUUCAAAAGAAUUGGUUCGUUCGCGAACCUCUGACUGCCACAAUGAGCGGACUGUCCCUUUAAGCUCCUGAAACCAGCUCGCGCAUUUCCGGUGGACGGAGACAAAAACAGACGAGCAGCUGAAAAAAGGACAGCAGCGCUGAGACAACCUGUCCUACGUGAGCUGCUCCUUUACUGUCCGGUUCUGAGGUAUCCGAACGGAGCGGAGGUGAGGAGGACACCCGACCAUGGUGAAGAUUAGCUUCCAGCCCGUGGUGGGACAGAAAGUGGAGAAGGAGACCGAUGGAGACAAGACCGAGAUCCUGAUUCCUCAUCCGGCGGAUGAGGAUGAGCUGGUCCUGCCCUUGCAGCCCAAGAAGUCUCCCCUGAAUGGCCUCUGCUGCCUGAUAUUUGGCCUGGUGGUCUCCAUGGCUUGUCUGGUUCUGGCCUCCAUUUACAUCUACCGCUACUACAUACCUCAUAUCCCAGAGGAGAACCGGUUUCAGUGCACAGUUCUUUAUGAAGACUCCGAGUACGCACCUCUCCGCGGGCUCCAGGAGCUGGAGGAAAGCGUUGGCAUCUACCUGUCUGAUAACUAUGAGAAGAUCAGCGUUCCUGUGCCUCACUUUGGAGGCAGCGACCCUGCAGAUAUAAUCCACGACUUCCACAGGGGGCUGACCGCCUACCAUGACAUCGCUUUGGACAAAUGCUACGUUAUUGAGCUCAACACCACCAUCGUGAUGCCUCCACGUAACCUUUGGGAACUUCUGAUUAAUGUGAAGAAAGGAACUUACCUGCCUCAGACCUACGUCAUUCAUGAAGAGAUGGUGGUGACUGGUAAAGUACACAACAUGCGUCAGCUGGGGCCUUUCAUCUACCGCCUAUGCAAAGGAAAGGACACGUACCGCCUGACCCGCCGGCUCACCCGCAGGCGCAUCAACAAACGAGAGGCAAAGGCCUGCCACCACAUUCGCCACUUUGAGAACACGUUUGUGGUGGAGACGGUGAUCUGCGACGAGGCCUAAACGCCUCCAUGUCUUGCUCCCACCUGAAGACACAUGUCCACACGCCUCCCCAGCCACUGUAGCACCCUGUUGUGGAUCUGAUCACAUCUCAGUUGCACUUUAAUCGUGAUUUGCUGUGGAGAUGAUUUGUUUCCUGAUUGUUUGUUAUUCUGUCUCAUAGGUAGUAUUUACCCUAAAGUGCUAAUGCAGAACUAAGUUGUUGGAUCUAUCGCAGCAUUUUCCAUGUAGCAGCCUCUCGCUCCUCCUCUCUGGGGAUUUGUGCUUUAUGAUGGUAACCGUCUCCACGUUGUCACGGUGACUCUGCUCUGUUAUUUCCUGCAGAUCUGAUGAUCAAGUUGUGUUUCACUAACACUCAUCCCUGAAUAAACUUCCAGCGAGGCAAACUUUAUCCCUGAUUUUGACUGAACGCUCUGCUCUUUUCUGUUGGGACUGCCGUAGCCUCCUACCUGCUGAUGACUUGUGGCUUGCUCCAUUUCUUCUUCUUUCUGUGGAAUGUUAUGAAAUCACCAACCUAGAGUGUCAUUCAUCUCUGAGCCACAUAGAAACCCAUUUCUGUUAUUCUCAUCCACCUAUAUGCACCAGUUUAACUUUGCAUGUGUUCAUCUUCUUAAAAUGUUUUGUAAAGCCGCGUUAAAGCCUUAGUCCAGGGUCUGAACCUGGACUAAAGUCCACACGAAGGGAGCACAUUAUCUGACGUUUUAGCUGAGCUAAAAUAAUUUUGAUCUGCAUAUUUUGUCUGCCAGCCCACCUGUCUGUGACAUGAAUAAAAAUGACUAAGCGGA